UGAAGGCAAAAUCAGGAGACUCCUGGGAGAUGAGUUUCAGGAAAAGGUGCCCUUCCUAUCUCCACUAGAGGGAAACCUCUACCUGCGACUAGACAGCGAGAGCCACUCUAACGUCCAACACCAGGGCUUCCUUACAAUGUUUGAGGUGGUGAAUGGAUUUGGAGCUUGGCAUCAACGCUUCUUUGUCCUGGAGGGAAACCAUAUGUCCUAUUGGAACCACCAGGGCAGCAAGGCAGCAGAAGGCAGCAUCUCUUUGUUUAGUUCCUCUAGUCAAAGUGUAAAGCCAGUGAAGAGGGACUCCUGUGCUCGCACUUAUACUUUUGAACUGGUCAGUGGCAUCCAGACUGCACAACAGGAUGACCAGUGCGCUCUGGCCAAGUGCUGGUUCUCAGCAGAUACGCGGGAGGAUCGAGGGGACUGGAUGGAGAAGCUGAACCAGGUUCUCCUGGACCUGCAUACCUGGACUCACCGAGCCCUGAACCAUGCUGGAGCACAGCCCAACACUCAGGCCAGCAGUGGAAACAUAAGGGAGAGCAGUCUGUAACACACUAUUAUAUAAUGCUAUAUCUUUAUAUAUAUAUAUCUAUCUCUCYAUAUCAUUAUGGAUUCUUAUGAUUACCAUUGGGAGGUUAUUUUAUACGUGGUGAUAUUUUUGCCUUGUCACUUUGAAUAGCUCUUUGAAAUAGAGCUCCAUCUUGUGGCCUAUUAGCAUUAUAUACUAUUUAACUGAGCUUGAUGUGGAUAAUUAACUACAUCCAUAUAAUCUAGAAACACUACUGAAUAAGUAUCAAAGCUUGUGCAGAAGAGCCCUAACACUAAAUGGAUGAUUAGUCCAAUAGUGUAGUUAUAAUUCUGAUAACUACAAAGCAUGACAUGGCUACUGGACAACAUUAUUUCAGUACUACAGCAUUGCUGUAAUACCCUCUAAAGUGUGGAAAUAUGUCUCUCAGAAAUAAUAUAGUCUACCUAAAAGAUAUAAAUACCUAAUCUAAAAACUCAUUAAUUUAGUGAUUUAAGUAGAAUUGCAGUGCAAGUUGAGUUAUAGUAUUGUACUUGGCAACCUGCUACGAGGUUGAAAAUACUGACCAUUAAUCAUUUAACAUUUAAGUCAUUUAGCAGACGCUCUUAUCCAGAGCGACUUACAAUUAAUGAGUUCCUUCAUUCAAAAUCUAGUGCUGUGUUGUGCAUAAGACAACAGGGGCCAGACCACAAAAAUGGCAGCUACCCAGGCGAGGCAAAGGAGAGUAUAGAAUGAUGUACGUCCGAAGGAGAUGUUCAGUAUAAUGUUAGUGCCUCAUCUGAUGAUAAAUCCUAGUAGGGCCCUAAAGGGACAUGAUGAAUGUAGCUGCUGUCUGUAGACUCUGUAGUUAACCUAUUUCUCUCCCCCCCCCCCCUUUGAUGUAUUUGCUGUCAAUCUGUCAUUCUCUUUUUGUAUGUGGAUGUUAUCAGCUACCUGUCAACAUUCUUAUAGGCAGUUGAUUUGAAGGUACUACAAGUAAAUGAUACAAAUGGC